UCAAAGAUAACAUCAACAUUAGUUUUGAAAAUUAUUAGCCUGUAUAGUUUGAAUAUAAUUUUAUAGCCAAAAUGCUGUACCUGAAAUGUAAAAUAGUCUGCUGUGUGAUUUUUACACUGUAAACUGAAUAUACAGAUUCAGACAAAUUAGUCUAAACUCCUACAUAUUAAAGUAUACUUUGUAUGAAUCAACAAAAAAGUUUAUUUUUAAAUUUUUCUUCAAAAGUAUACAUUGGCUGAUAUAUAAAAAAGGCUUCACAGGUAAUGUCGAACUUUAAAGGGCUUCAGAAUAUUUCUCCCUAAAUUACAGGAUCUUUUUAAACUUAAAAAAACUAUGUUUAAACAAAUAAAAUCAACUAGUAUGUUCUGAACCAUUUUUAAAAUGCCUAUUUCUUAGUUGUAUUAAAUUGCAAUUUUCUCCUUCCAGAAGAUAUAAGAGGGUGUGGUCACAAAAUAAUUUAUAGGUGUAAUUAGUGCUUUAAAAAAAAAACAAGUCUUACAAUUUUCACUUUGGCAUGAUAUCCCUUUUCUUUCAAUUUUUAAGUUUAACAAUUGUAAAUAUCCGGUGAGCAUAUUCACCAUGAUAUGCAAAAAAAUUACAUUUCCUUCUUUCUGUGGGAAGUAGCUCAGAAUAUUCCUAAGCACAUUGUUAACUUCUGACUAAGAGAUUCCCUCAAUAUGUACAAGGUAGUUUGAAACUGACUAGCACUUGGUACAUUUAUCCUUUUAAAUGAACACUUGGCCCUGUUCAAUCGAAAUCUCACAGGAAUAAUUACACCUACACCAAUCAUGCUAGAGCUUAUUAAAACAGCAUUUACUUUAUAUCCACUCACAACAUUUUAAAAUGAAAUUUUAAGUCAUCCAAUUAAAAUCAAUGUUGCAUACUGAACAGUUUUGCUAUACAAAAGUAUACUUUCUCUUAAAAAUAGGUAUCACAUCACCUUUCCAUAUGAGGCAAACCUCUUUAGUAUCUUGAGCAAUUCUGCAUUCUAGAACAAUCUCCAAAUGGUGGUUUUUUUCAAAAGAAGAUCAUUUCCACUUAUUAAAACAAUGUAAUCUUGAUGUUUAUUUCAUUUCCCAAUAACAUUUUACAAACUUAAAAGAUAAAGGUGCACAAUAAAAAGAUUGUUUUGUUUACAAAGAAUACAUGUUUUAUUCAUUAUUUAAAUUGCCAAAAUCAUAUAGUUUAUUCUAUUUCACUUUCUAGGGGAAAAAAAAAUACAACUGCUCCAAAAGAAUGUGUCUCUCUCCUGUUCUGGAAAUCAACAUGCAGUCUGAUUCUAACAUUACAGUGCGAGAUGACAUUGAUGACAUCAACACCAAUAUGUACCAACCACUACCAUACGCAUUAAGCUUUCAAGUGUCUCUCACUGGAUUUCUUAUGUUAGAAAUUGUGUUGGGACUUGGCAGCAACCUCACCGUAUUGGUACUUUACUGCAUGAAAUCCAACUUAAUCAACUCUGUCAGUAAUAUUAUUACAAUGAAUCUUCAUGUACUUGAUGUAAUUAUUUGUGUGGGAUGUAUUCCUCUAACUAUAGUUAUCCUUCUGCUUUCACUAGAGAGUAACACUGCUCUCAUAUGCUGUUUUCAUGAAGCUUGUGUUUCCUUUGCAAGUGUCUCCACAGCAAUCAACGUUUUUGCUAUCACAUUAGACAGAUAUGACAUCUCUGUAAAACCUGCAAACCGAAUCCUGACGAUGGGCAGAGCUAUAAUGUUAAUGAUAUCCAUUUGGAUUUUUUCUUUUUUCUCCUUCCUGAUUCCUUUUAUUGAAGUAAAUUUCUUCAGUCUCCAAAGUGGAAAUAUGUGGGAAAACAAGACUCUUUUGUGUGUCAGUACGAAUGAAUACUACACUGAACUGGGAAUGUAUUAUCACCUUCUAGUACAGAUCCCAAUAUUCUUUUUCACAGUUGUGGUAAUGUUAAUCACAUACACCAAGAUACUUCAAGCUCUUAAUAUUCGAAUAGGCACAAGAUUUUCAACAGGGCAGAAAAAGAAAGCAAGAAAGAAAAAGACAAUUUCCCUAACCACCCAACAUGAGACUACAGACAUGUCACAAAGCAGUGGUGGGAGAAAUGUAGUCUUUGGUGUAAGAACUUCAGUUUCUGUGAUAAUUGCCCUCCGGCGAGCCGUGAAACGACAUCGAGAACGAAGAGAAAGGCAGAAAAGAGUCUUCAAAAUGUCUUUAUUGAUUAUUUCUACAUUUCUUCUCUGUUGGACACCAAUUUCUGUUUUAAAUACUACAAUUUUAUGUUUAGGACCAAGUGACCUUUUAGUAAAAUUAAGAUUGUGUUUUCUAGUCAUGGCUUAUGGAACAACUAUAUUUCACCCUCUACUAUAUGCUUUCACUAGGCAAAAAUUUCAAAAGGUCUUAAAAAGUAAAAUGAAAAAACGAGUUGUUUCCAUAGUUGAAGCUGAUCCCAUGCCUAACAAUGCUGUAAUACACAAUUCCUGGAUAGAUCCUAACCGAAACAAAAAGAUUGCCUAUGAAGAUAGUGAAAUAAGAGAGAAAUGUUUGGUACCUCAGGUUGUCACAGACUAAGAAAAAGUCUAAGUUUCGCCAAAUCUAUAUUGAGAACAGUUUUAAAUUUAAAUUGUAAAGAAUGGAAUUACUGCCAAAUAUAAGAAUAACAUUUUAAGUACCGGUUAUGUUGUAAAUUUUCAAUGUGAAUGUCAAUAUUAGGUCAUAUAUAUUCGAUUUCUUCAUUACUUAAUGUGUUUGUUGCAUGGCAGUUUGUUGAAGUAUAUCAUGUGUAUAU